AUGCGGCUACUGGAGACUGACUGUGUCGUCGACAUUGCACAGUCUCAUGGUUCGAACACACUCCGACCAUACCUCUCGUGCGUCCGUUCAACCCUAACCGCCGCUCUAACCCUCACCAACUUCGCCUCUCAACGCGUUGAACGACACAACUACGCCGAGAUCGAAGCCUCUUCUUCCCUCGAAGUUCUCCUCACACCCCUCACCAUCUCGCGCAACGAAAACGAAAAAGUCCUCAUCGAGCCUUCCGUCAACUCGAUCCGUAUCUCCCUGAAAAUCAAACAGGCCGAUGAAAUCGAACGCAUUCUCGCCCACAAAUUCUCGAGAUUCCUCAUGCAAAGAGCCGAAUCUUUCGUGAUUCUCCGAAGAAAACCCGUCAAAGGAUAUGAUAUCAGCUUUUUGAUUACCAAUGGAAAUACCGAGACGCUACUGAAGCAUAAGUUGGUGGAUUUCGUGAUAGAGUUCAUGGAAGAGGUGGAUAAGGAAAUCAGCGAGAUGAAGCUGAGUAUCAAUGCGAGAGCUAGGAUCGUUGCAGAGAGCUAUUUGAGCAACGUAAGUUACCGAACACCGAAGACCGCGGGGGAAAAGGGAAGAAGAGGUGUUUUUACUGACAAACAACAUUGCUCUCUAUUUCCUUCCUGCUGCGAUGAUACAGUUUGCAUGAUCGAAACUACCCGUCCCAUCUCACAUCUGAUUUUCGAGCAACACCAACGCACGCCUAAUGCUUGA